AUCUUCUUCCCUAGAAGUCCCCGAUGGAUGGGGAUUCCCUUACCAAAAUUCCCACUUGGCUUCACCGGCUGGCUGAUCUUUCCGUUGUCAAAGUCAGCACGGUGGCUGGCUGAGGCUGGUUGCUCAUUGUCUCUGAUGCUUGUUUCCUUUAUUGCCUUUUUCCGUCGACUCCGACGUGUGCACCAAGCCUCCUCCCCACGACCAUAGGGUUCUGGGUCCCAGCUUGCAGAAUCCCGGAGGGACCUAGCCUCGCUCUACGAUGAUACUCCAUUAAUUUUUUUUGGUUUCUUCUCCCCUGUUCAUCCCAUUCUGCAGAAUCCGCUGUGCUAUUCACAACGACAGCAAGAUGGUCUGGUUUCCACUAGACGUCGAAGAUGGGGAGGUUUCCUGGAGGUUCGACAUCGUCGGUUUACUGGCGGUUGUUGGAGGUUCCGCCAUUGAGAAGCACGCGCAGGCCAUCACUGCAUCGCACUUUGGUAGUCUCCCUCGUCUCAUGCCAGCUCCUGAGACUAUGCUGAAUACUGACCGUCCAUCGCGACUGCCCGCCGUCAAGGAUGUGACCGUGGUUGGCGUUAAAUCUGGCAAUCAAUUCAAUGAACUCAACUACUUCGCCAAUGUGAUUCAUAAUAUCGAAUCAUUGCCUGCGUUUCAUUUCCAGUCCUUCCACAUCUCCCACAGGCCUCUGCCGGAGAAGGAGGUAAAGGAACAGGAGGAGGAACAAGCGAAAGAGUGGGAAAAGGCUAAGGAAAAGGCUAGGAAAGCGCACGACAAAGCUGUCAAGGAAACCAAAAAUGACGUUGAACGCAAGGCGGUCGGCGAGUACAAGGAUCCUCCUAAGCCGCCUUUGAAAGCCAUCAUCCCCCUCUACCCGGACUGUGUGCUUAAUUUCAUCACUCUUGCCUCUAUCUGCAUUACAAUCGCACUGUCUAUCUGGGCUGGUGUCCAGCACGAUGCAGUGGCGUUGCUUGGUCUGGGAAGCAUGGCAUUAUCCACCAGCAUGGCCUGUAUGUCUGCACAGUGGCGCCCUCGGCUCACGACUCGCACUGCGGCCGGCCAGGUAGUUGAAGGGGACGUCGUCAUCCGUACUCGCUCAGGUGCCUUCGUCUCCGUUAGAUGCAGUGAGGAGGUUGCACGAGAACUUUACGCCGGCACGGAAACCUGCGAGUAUGUGUACAACGGACGGUACCACCAGGCCCUUCUCGCCACGAGCACCGUCCUUCUCAUGGCUGCCAUCAUCUUCUUGAGUAACUGCGGUUGGAAAAUUCAGAUUGCUGUGGGUCUUGCCUAUAUCAUUCUCAACCUUGCUUAUUGGGCCAUGGCACUGUUGACCGACCCGCGUGGGGUGUGGAACAUGGAGCACCGUUACGAAGUGGAACUUCUUGAGAGGAAGGACAAUGAAAACUUCACUCAGGUGUUGUGGGAUGUUAUUCGGACCACUGGGGAGAUUCGUUGGGCCAAAAAGACAGGAGCGGCACCCGCGACAAAGAACUGGAAAGGAUGGCUGAAGGAGGCGAAGGAGAAUGCUCAUAACCCGAACUGGGAUUGUGUGGAAAGGAGAGAUUGGUGGAUGAAGCAAAAGUUCGAGAAAGAGCAUCAUGAGGAUGACGAGUCGUGGCAGAGUAUAUGCGAGCCGGCGCCGGGGGUUGCAUGAGUGACGGAGUGGUUAAUGGGUGCUCGAGAGCAAAUACAACAGAAAAUGCAGUCCAAACAUCAUGAUCCUUCAAACUCUCAAGGCCUUCUUUGACUCAUGCGCUUCACAUUUUCACGGCUGGCUCUCGACAAUACUGUGACGCUGGCACUUUUGUCCCCUGCCCUUGGUUGCCCGGAUACAGGUUGGCU